AUGUCGCCUAGCGGCGAAAAGAGCUCUCUCAAGCGGGCCCGAGUAAGUCUUUGUGCUCGCGCCGCCCGUCUUUUUUUCCUUGGUUUCCUCGUUCACCACGCUGACAACGUCCUCGUCGCAAAGGGCACCGUGCCUGACGAACCGGCUGAGAGCAAGAAGCCUCGCCGCUCCGACCGCAUCUCCGCCGAGGACCGCGAUGCGCCCAACGGCGCCGCCAAGGACAAGACGCCCGUCUCCCGCGACAACCACCUGCCGUCCCCCCUCACCACCGACGCGACCUACGGCUCGAGCGACGCCAAGGAGCUGACGCCCACGCCUGCCGGCGCAAAGACGGUCGAUGAGACCACGCCACGCAAAACCGAAGAUGACUACGCGCAGCUCCAGGCCCUCUCCUCGCCUCCCCAGGAUACCCAGCCCGUCAGCCAGCUCCUGGACAAGCAUCUCGAGUUCGACGUCGACGCACAGGACUCGACCGAGGAGGGCGUUUGGGGAUUCCUUGUUCCACUGGACGCAAAGUACGGCGACAAGCCCAAGGUCCUCAAGAAGCGAUGCGCUUGCCCACCCAAUGACUCAAUCAAGUCGGCCACUAAUGCCGAGAAGAAAGAUAACGUCCGUGAAACACCACCCGCGAUCCAUGAAGAGGAGGCUUAUGAGCGCACACAGAUCGGCGGUAUUGCGUCUCGUGGAUACCUCAUCGGUCGUCACCCAGAGUGCGAUGUUGUCGUGAGCGAGGGCGUUGUUUCCAAUCGCCACUGUCUGAUCUUUACCGAAAACAACGGAAAUGAUGCAGUUGCAAUCGUGGAGGACUUAUCCAGCAACGGUACAUUUGUCAACGAGGCCAUUGUUGGCCGCAACCAACGCCGUGAACUUGAAGACGGCGAUGAAAUUGCCGUUCACGGUCGCGCUCGAUUUGUCUUCCGGUACCCCAAAAGCCGUCACACCAGCGCAUUCCUACAACAAUACACACUACUUCAGAAAUUGGGUAAGGGUCACUUUGCCGAAGUCUACUUGUGCAUUGAGAAAUCGACUGGCAAGCGCUUUGCCGUCAAGAUCUUCACCAAAACGCCUGGCGUGGACGAAAAGUCAAAGACGGAAGGUCUACAACAAGAGAUCGGCAUGCUCAUGGCCGUCAGCCACCCGAACGUGCUGUGUCUGAAGGAUACAUUUAGCGAGCGAGACCGCGUCUAUCUCGUUCUAGAACUCGCCCCGGAGGGUGAGCUUUUCAACUACAUUGUUGCCAAGUCUAAGCUCAGUGAAGACGAGACCAGGAAACUGUUUAAGCAACUGUUCCAUGGUAUCAAGUAUCUUCACGAGCGCAACAUUGUUCAUCGGGACAUCAAGCCUGAGAACAUCCUGCUGGUUGACAAGGAUCUCCACGUCAAACUGGCUGACUUUGGUCUUGCCAAGAUUAUUGGCGAGCAAUCAUUUACUACUACACUCUGCGGCACUCCCAGCUACGUCGCGCCUGAGAUCCUUGCCGAGUCUAAGCAACGCAAGUACACCAAGGCCGUCGACAUCUGGUCCUUGGGUGUUGUGCUCUACAUUUGCUUGUGCGGCUUCCCACCAUUUUCUGACGAGCUCCUGUCUGCGGAUUUCCCCUACAACCUCUCCCAGCAGAUUAGGAGCGGCCGCUUCGACUACCCGUCGCCGUACUGGGACUCUGUCGGUGACCCAGCCUUGGAUCUCAUUGAUUCGAUGCUGGUUGUCGACCCUGAGAAGAGAUUCACGGUCGACCAAUGCCUUUCCCACCCAUGGCUCACGCAGCAACCGAUGAACGUUAACGAUAGCACCGGUGGCCUUGUUGGCGGCAUUGCUGGUCUUGAGGUGAAUCGUAGGGCCACAAAGCGAGAGCGCACCCUGUUGUGCCAUUAUAAUCAGGUGCUGGUUCCGGAGCAUGUCACAGCUGGCAAUGCUAAAAACCCAGUCAAGGUCUUCAACCCGAGGGAUCGCAUUAUCAACGUCCCUCGCGAACAAGCACCAUCAGCGCAGCGAGCUCCUGCAGAAUUUAUGGAGAUGGGUGGCAAAGGUGACCAAGUCCUUUAUCCAGACCAUGCCAAAGGCAAAGGCAGAUAA